UCGGUGUCGCUGUGCUUUUCUUUUUGUCGAACGUCGUUUUCGCAUUUUAAACAGAAAUACAACCUACAAAUGGUGAUGGAAACAUAAUUUUAAUAAGAUGAAGUCCAUUGUGGCUUAUGUGCGCAAUCUUCUAGGUUGGUGUGAUGAAGAUGACCCAGCCAAUAGAACAAGCUUCAAACGAGACAGGGCGGAUGACGAUGUUUUGUGCGACGAGGCACCGGCACUUAAGCGACUCAAGCAGCUGAGAAGCACCAAUUUCCCCGACAUUAUGUCUUCUAAUGAUGCCUGGGAAAAGAAGGAAAAGAAUGUUCGGUAUGUUCCCAUACAAGUAGAGAGUGGGCACCCUAGCACAUCAACCCCAUUGGAGGUAAACCGUUCAGGUGGCCGAGUCCGGACUGUGCCGCUGAAGUUAGUGGAUGGGACAAGACAUGAGGCCACUCCACUGCGGAAGCCUAGAAUGCACACCCCAGUGCGACCAGUGAUGCAUGCUGUGGUUGAUGAUGAUGAUGAUGAUGAGGAAGAGGUUACAUGGGUUGAGAGCACGCCAGGAAAAUCUAAAAAAUCUUCAGAAGUGUACAUAGAUCUGGAAGAUGAUGACCAUGACCCCGAGGAAACUGAGAAUGACGUCAUAUUCGUCAAAAAAGUCUCCGAGCCCCAAGGAAAACCCUUCAAAUUCUUUGUUACUAAAAACGAUAGAAAAGAACCUACAAAAGAUGUACCAUACUACAGGAUAAGUAGAAAGUUGAAUGACACACACUCCUUGUCACCUAGAAGUUACACUAAGUUUAAAGCCCCAGCCGGCAUCAUGAAAACUUAUAAGAAAACAGCCAUUCCUAAGUGGAUGCAACCACAGAAACCCUCCGCUUUCCCACGGAGUAGACUGCUAGACGCCAACGGAUCAAACAUUAGAUCAACAUUAUCAGAAGUAUUCAAUUUAGAUGAGAAGAGAAAUUACCAAGAGUUGAUUAGAAGAGUAGCAGGAACUGCAAGACCAGUUUCGUUCUCCAAGCCAAUAGAUAUAGUAAAUAUAGCUGAUGAUUCUGCGUCAUUCCGGAACACCCAAAGAGUGCAGAGGAAGUCUUUAAAUGAAAUAAGAUUAGUUGAAAAAAGUCUCAUAGCGGAUAGAGAAGGCGAAGCAUCUAAAGAAUAUGAUCCUAUUACAGUUGCAUCAAUCAACUCUUCAGAUUCUGAGGUGGAGGUAGUACCUUCAGAGUCAUCCACUUCAUCUUCAAUUAGAAUCCACCCCAUUAACACAUUAAAAGACUCGUACAGAGAUAAAGACGUGACCUCGACAGAUUGGCUCGCGAAAAUAGAUUCUAAGUAUAGGAAGAAAAGGCAGGAAACUCAGGAGAAGCUAAAAGAUGCGCGGCGCGAAUCUGACAUUAUUUCUAAGGUUAACUAUGAACAGAAGUUAGCACAUUUAGAGCAUAAGUUGAAAUAUGAGUUGAGCAUACCGGAGAGCCUCAUUGAGGAGCCUCAGCCAACUGUAGAGUUUCCAGAGCUGACUCCGGAGCAAGAGAAACUGAUUAAUAGGGCAAUAGGUCCUGGACCAUCGGGACAAUUGCUUAUAGAGAAAUUCAAUUUAAGAAUACACAGACGCGACCUCCAAACGCUGAGCGGCCUGAACUGGCUGAACGAUGAGGUCAUCAACUUCUACAUGAACCUCAUCAUGCAGCGCUGCGAGGAACGCAAGGACCUGCCCAAGACAUACGCGGCCAACACGUUCUUCUACCCCAAACUAAUGCAGAGCGGCCAGGCUGGUCUCCGGCGGUGGACCCGGAAGGUGGACAUAUUCGCGCACGACCUCAUGGUGGUUCCCGUGCACCUCGGCGUCCACUGGUGCAUGAGCAUGGUCGACUUCCGGACCAAGAAGAUACAAUACUUGGACAGCAUGGGAGGAAGGAACCAGCCGUGUCUCGAUGCCCUACUGCAGUACCUGAAGGAUGAACAUCAAGACAAGAAAGGACAGCCUUUUGACGAUAAGGGGUGGAAACUGGAGUGUUUAAGCAAGGACAUCCCGCAACAGAUGAACGGCAGCGACUGCGGCAUGUUCUCGUGCACGUUCGCGGAGUUCUCGGCUCGCGACGCGCCCUACGCCUUCUCGCAGCAGCACAUGCCCUACCUGCGCCGCAAGGCCGUGCUGGAGAUCAUCACUGGCCGGCUACUCAUGUAAACAGUUCUCGGCUCGCGACGCGCCCUACGCCUUCUCGCAGCAGCACAUGCCCUACCUGCGCCGCAAGGCCGUGCUGGAGAUCAUCACUGGCCGGCUACUCAUGUAAACAGUUCUCGGCUCGCGACGCGCCCUACGCCUUCUCGCAGCAGCACAUGCCCUACCUGCGCCGCAAGGCCGUGCUGGAGAUCAUCACUGGCCGGCUACUCAUGUAAACAGUUCUCGGCUCGCGACGCGCCCUACGCCUUCUCGCAGCAGCACAUGCCCUACCUGCGCCGCAAGGCCGUGCUGGAGAUCAUCACUGGCCGGAUACUCAUGUAAACACCACACAUACAACACUACACAGCAAACUUGUCCAGUGAUAAUGAUACACACGCCCUAUCUCUGGUGGAAGGCGGCUCUAGAGAUCAUUACUGGACGGCCACCGUAACUUAUCCAUACACAGCAGAAUACUAGUGAAGUGCCACUAAUACUACACCUUGAGGGUGAGAUGAUAAUAAGCCCUGUUACUGCCGUGAGGCAACCUUAAAGAUCAUAACUCGAUGCUGUUACAGUCAUAGCCUAUCCCAUGGAUAACUGCUGUUGUAGUCCCAGAAGAUUGUAGUCAUGGCCUAUCCAAACAGUGAACUAGUGAAGAAAAUAAUUCCACAUAUCAACGGUGAGAAAAUGAUAAACAUACCUUAUUUGACAUGUCUCUGCCGGGAGACACCACGAUUACUGAAUGGCUACCCUAACACAUACUGGACACUAUUGAUGCACGGUCUAUAUAGAAAACUGGAGGAAAUAUAUUCCCACAUUUGUAGUGUGGUGAAAUGUAAGGAUAUAAAUUAUACCAGUCUACAACUUUAAACUCCUAUAGUGACUCCAUCCAUACAGAAUACCUAUAAAGUGAAUGGGCAAUAGUGUUCUUUAUAAUCUUUACCGGAAUAAAAAUGUUGUCCUAUAUAAAAACCAGUGAACUACCGGUCUAAAUGUUUAGUGAAGUGAAGUGAAUAUACCAAUUUUUAAUGACUGGCUUCUAGCCUUUACCCCUAAAGCGUAAGUAGGUUUUUCGGUGAAUUCUACUUGGAUUUAAAACUUUUGGUUGCAGUGUUUGUCAAAGUUUUAUUUGUGAGGAGCAUUUUCAGUAGUUAAAUUAAACAAUUCCCCUACAUUAUUCUCUAAUAAUAAUCUGUAUGGCUCUUUCCGAUAUAUUUCAAGCUACAGAAAGUGCUUUAACAAUUAAAAUUUUGUCAAAAACGCAAAUGUGGUAGGUUCCACAGUGAACCAGUGAAGUGAUUUGACAAUAGGUGUGAUGGCGGUUUCCUAGAGUAGUCUAGGAGCUAAAAUAUAUUGUAUUACAAUAAGUAUAACAUCAUCAUUUAAUUUAUUUACGCACUAAUCAACCAAUUAAAAAUUGCAAACCAUAUGAAAUAUAUUGCUGCUUAUAUCAUUAUACCUAUUCUUUUAUAUUAAUUUGAGGGUUAAUUUCGGAACAUAAGUAAUUUUGAAAAGCGUAGAUAUCUACUCAACUAAAAGCAGAUACUCUAACGGGCUUAAAUAACCUAAGAUACUUCAGGUUUUCAAUAUUUUCCGACUCACCUUGUUAGUAUUUAUUGUCACACAUAAAUAUUUAAAAUGAGUAAACGAGCUUUGUAAUGGAAAAUAAUUCUAAGGCAAUCCAUAUCAUUUGUACUGACAUGUUGAAUAAUUAUAAUUUCUACACCAGCGGUGGAAGCAUGGUUCCAUUUUCAUCACUUGUCACUAUGCCCGUCACUUUCACACUUACAUACUUGUUAGAACGUGACAGGCAUGGUGACAAAUGAUAAAGAGCCGACCAUCUUAGCCCUACUUGAAAGUUAUGUUCACCCUGUCCAUUUUAUAAAAUAAGGCUUAACUGCAUAGAAUGAUUGUGUGUAUGAAAGAUUUUUUUAUUUAAAUGAGAUGAUUUCAAUGAGUUUGACAAAUAGCAAUUAAUUAUUAAGUUCUUUAAUUUGUAAAUAACUUUCGAAAGCUGUAAAUUUAUAACCGUCAUACAGCUUGUGAACUAUCUUGUUUGUUGCCUGUACAGUGUAAACUAUUGUACUUUAUAAAGUGUAAUUAUUGUAAAACUACCAAUGGACAGAGGCCUCACCUUGUUACAAAUUUAUAUUGGGAAUUAUUCGAGCAUGUAAAAACUUGCUUACCAUCAGGCGGCCAGUAGACUUGUUUACAACUAGUGAAUAAAAUACCAUAAAACGAGCAGUUGGAGUCAUUGCACUCUAAACAGUUGUGAAACACCAUUAUGAUGUUAUGAAUACUAUUAUACUGGAUUGAGGCAUGUAAAAAAUAUUAGUAGACUUUUCAAGAUCCUGCGCCGCUUCAUGCCUUAUAAAUACAUAUUCAAUGUAAACUUAAAUAAAUGUUUAAGUGACAUGUUUAAUCUUUACGCAACAAUUUUGAUAGCCCAACCUGUGCAAGUGUUAAGUAAACGUCAAAUUCUAUAGAAGCCUUGCACUGGGCUAACAAAAUGGCUGCCAACUUAUCUUGGUCUGACUAUCAAGUCAGUAAAUCUUAGCGGCUUUUAUUUAAUUUGUAUAAUUUGAAAGACUGAGGCGCUGCCCCCGUAUUCUUCUCAAAUCAAUUUCUUUUCCUGUUUAAGAUAUAUCAUUGAUUCACAAAAUAGUGUUGCUUUACAAUGGUUUGAAAAACCUUAUCAAUAUGUAACAUUUUAAUUCAAAAGGCAUCAUAAUUAUUAGACAAUCAGUCUUUUCUCACCUAACUGCUAUUAUAUGAAUGAUCUGCUACAAGAAGCAUACUUGUGCUUUAAAUAUCUGUAUAUUGCGAAUGUGCCACGUAAGUCUAACUGAACUUACGUUUAUAGUAGACGAUGUUUGAUAUUCAAUCAGUGUAACCCCUAGUGUAAAAAAAAUCGAUUUCGAAACGUGACGUACGCGUUUGCGUUUAGUCUCAUUUUGUAUGUGAUUUAGAAAGAACGCGCCAAGCGGGACGUUUUGGAAACUCAAAAUCCUAUACAAAAUGAGACUUAACGCAAACGCGUUCGUCACGUUAUGAUGUCGAUUAAAUUUACACUAGGGGUACUGAUAAUCAUCCAGCAAAACUCGUUGGAUUACGAUCAAACUGGGUAUUUGAUAUUUAUGACUAUGAAUCAGGGUUCGUAAUAAGAUAAUUAUUUUACUUGAUAAAUAUCACAUUGGGUGAUACCUUUUUUUAUCUGAAUCAAAAUAACUUACGGUGAAUUCCUCCCAGGUUACGGUAGUGAUAAUUAUCAAGAUGAUUAUCCAUUCGGCCUGUAAUGAAUCUUGACAAAGACAUGGGGGGAGACGGUGUGUUCAGUGAUUUGUGUUUGUAUGAUUGAUAUUGAUAUGUGUAGGUAUGUAUUAAAAAUAUAAUUUAUUCAUACUUAUUGCUCUGAGCGCUUUAUAGCGAGGUAAGAUUCUAUAUUAGAAGAUUUACUAAAUUAGAAUAAAAGCAAUGGAACUGAAGUUAAUCAUAAAAAUAAACACACCUUUAAUAAGAAAAAAUAAGCUUAGGAAAAUGCUUGGAAAUUUUAUCUGCCUUUAUGUUUUGUAUUAUAAGUUAAAUGUCUAAAAAUUUACUAGUAACAAUUUAAAUGAAUCAGAAAGUGUUUUCAUGAGCUUUUUUGUCGAAAGAAAUUUGUAUGAGUGAAAUGCCAAAGUGUAUAGAUUUUUCCCCAUUUCUUUGUCAAAAGCUAGCUUAACGUUAUUCCUAUUGUAAAUUACCGUAUUUUGUAAUAUUAAUGUAAUGUAAGUUACGCUAAGUUAUAAUCAUUCAAGUUGUUUUCGUUUCCACUAGUAAUAGUCCCGAGAAUUUUCUUAUAAAUAAAUCUGCAAAUAAAUGAGGAGAAUAUGAAAUUCAA